AAACAGUUUGCAACUGAAUAUUGACUACAAACAGAGACUAAAUGUUUACAUUAUGCUCAAAAUUAGAGUGACAAAUGUGUUGUUGAAUGUGUUGAAUACUACACAUCUGAUUAUAAUUCAUGACAAUAAACAAUAAAAUAAUUAAAUCAUAUAAAAAUAGUUGUAAUUUAUUUUUUUAAAUUAAAAAUGGGUAAUUAUUCAAGUAAAAUUGCAUGGAUGUCAGAUGUUGCUGUUAAUUCAGUUUAUCGUGGUAGAAAAAGAAAGUGCAUUGAAGAAGAUAAUUGUGAUUCGGAUUCUGAUUUCAUCGAGAGAACCUUACAGACUCCAAAAAAAAGAAAAUUAUUAACAACUGCACAGUAUAUUUACAAAACACUUUUUCAAGAAGAAAAAGGCAGUGAUAUAACUGUUUUUAUACUGGGUAGACCAUGGAGGCUUCACAAAGUUUACAUAAGUCAGAGUCCUUAUUUUGCAAGUAUGUUCUCUGGUUCAUGGAAAGAGACAAAUCAAAAAAUAAUAACUGUAGAAAUAGCUGAUCCAGCAAUAACUCUUGACUCAUUGUCAACAGUAUUGGGUUCAUUUUAUCAAGAUGAAGUUAGUUUAGAGCCAAAAGAAGUUAUAUCAAUAUUAGCAACAGCAACAUUAUUUCAAUUGCAGGGUUUAAUUGAUCAAUGUACUGAAAUAAUGAUUGAAACAACAAAUAUUAAAACCGUUGUGCCUUAUUAUAAUGCAGCAGUGUCUUAUGGUGUACCAGAAGCUAAAAAAGCAGCUAAAAAAUGGCUUGAAGUAAAUUUAUUAGGAUAUGGAUGGAGAUAUCCAACAUUUUUACGUGAAAUAACACCUGAAUUUAUGGCUGAACUUAUUAAUAGUCCAGGGCUUGUUGCAAUGCAAACAGAAUUUUGUUUAUACAUGAUGUUGAGAGAAUGGCUUUUUAUACACAUGGAAGAUAAUGAUGAUUCCGUAGAAGUUGAUGAUUAUUAUAAAAAACAUACGUGGUCAGAGCCACUUUUAGAAACGACAAUUGGUAAAACAUAUUCAGCUCCAUUUAAAGCAUUGAGAAUGAAAUAUCUACUGUUGGAUUAUCAAGAUGUUAAAAUAUUAUACAGUGAUAAUUUAAUACCACCAAAAUGGUUGCAUGAAGCAUACAAAGAACAGUGGCUUCAUUUGUUACAUAUUGAUGCUAAUCAUGAUCGUGGGCCAAAGAAAAUGAGUGAAUUAGAAUUUUCAAAUGAGUGCUUCAGAUGUGGACGUUGUGUUGAUAAACCCAGUGAACAUAUUUGGAGGUGGACUGCAUUUUUGUUUGGUCUUGAUCUUGUUGUUUAUCUUGAUACAACGACACUGAGAAUUAGAAGAAAUCACAGACUGGACACUGAUCAUAUUACAAUUAAUCAAAGGAAACGUAAUGUCAUGAUAAGAAUUUCAUUGAUAUCUCUGGAUGAACAGAGACAAAUAAAACACAUGCAAGACAGCGGAAUACUAAGAAUAUCAUUGCAUAAAAAUGAAGAGAAGCAGCUAAUGUCACUGGACAAGCAAUUAACAUAUCCAUUGUAUAUCUCAGUUAAUAUGCAAGUUGUAACACCAUUUAUAGAAAAAGACGAUGAAAGUAUAUCAAACAUCACAGAACUCGAAACAUAAUGUCAAAGAAAAUAUACAUAUAUUUUUUUUCUAUUUAUUUUUCUAAUUUGAAAAAGUAAAAAAGUGUUAUGGUGCUAAAAUUGUAUAUUUUUCACAUAAUUGAAUUUUCUAGUCGGUUAAUACAUACUAGAAUAUAUAAAAGAAAAAAAGAAAGUGCUCUUACUGUAGAAACGUGAAUUCUGUUGAGGUAAAAGGUAAACAAUUUUCUAAAUAUUUUUUGUUUAUUGAAAAUAAUUAAUUUUCAUUGGUUUGUGGUUUUUUUUUUUCUUUUUUUUUUUUUUAGUCGACGAGGUAAAUGACUAUUAUUUCACGAUGAUAAGAGUAAUUAUCAUGCGCUUUUUUUUUUGGCUGAAACUUAUACUCGAAACAAAAAUCAAAAAACAUUCCACCAGUAUUUCUAUAUGAAAUGUUUUUUUUUUCUUUUUUUCUUUUCAACUUUAAUAAGUUAUGACUAUUAAAAUUAUAUUACAACGAAGACAAAAUAUAUAUCAACUUUUAUGAAAUAAAAAAACUAUUUUUAAUUUAACGAAGAAGAUUUAUAUCUUCAUAUUGCAAUUUUUUUUUUUUUUUUAUUAUUACGUCAAUCGUAUUUUCAUUUUUUGUUUUUUCUAAUGAUUAUUCUGAUAUUAAAAUCACGUGAAGAAUCAUUUUUUUUUUUUGCUGCCUGUAGAUUUUCGAAGGCUGUGAAUAUUUUGUAACAAAUGAUAAAAAUAUAAAUUAAUAAAUAAGACAAAUUUAAAGAUGAUUAUUAUUAAAGUUUAUCUCACUUUAAUAAAUUUUUUUGCGCAAAUAUUUUCAGUUUUUAAUAUUGUUUAUUCAGUAAUAAUUGCAUACAAGUGUUGUUUCUUUUUCAUUCUAUUAAUAUUUUUCUUGUGUAAAUAAUAAUUUACUUUCUAAAAAAAAAAAAAGGAAAACAUUAUUGACGAAUUACUUGUAAUGAAUUAGAAUUUUUAUUUAAAUACGCAGCGCGUUGAAACUCGUUGAUGGACAUUGACAAAGUAAUUUAUUAAUAUUUGUAAUAAUUUGUUUAUAACAAUAAAUAAUGAAUAAAAAUAUUGUUCAUUAAAUAAAUUUCUUUUGUAUUGUAAUAUUGAGUAAACACUGAUUUGCAAAAAUUUUUUAUUUAACAACGAUUUAUGUUUUUUUUUUAUUUGACUUAUUUAAAAUAUUACUAAAUUAUAUUUUUUUGAUAUUGUUUUAAUAUUAUUAUCUUUUUUUUUUCAUACACUAAUUGUUAUUUUUUAAGGCAUACAUGCGACUGUCUUCACGACAUAAAUUCCGGGCAAUAAAUUAAUAAACAAUUAUUAUUUUAUUGAUAAAACUAAUUUUUAAAAUAUUUUUAUUAAUUUAGCUAAAUUUAUCUAAA